UAUCAGUCUCGCCACAUUCACGCUACUUGGUGGUUGUGUUGCUGCCCGCAUCUUUGUCACUUCCGUGAAAAUACGUCAAAAAAGAUUUUCCACGUCGCGCUGUUGUGACUUUGGGGCGGUUGUGAAUUUCUCGGUGUGUGUUGAAAAGUUUCGCAUUUCCCGCCCCCGCAAUAUACGUGUGAAUUACCCAAAAACGGGCUCGAUUGGGGUUGUUUUUUUUUUUUGCACACGCGGGGAAGGUGAAAAAAUCCGCUCUCUUGUGUGGAAAAUCAUGGGUAUAAGUGAAUAAAAGUGAAUUCUAAUUUUCUCAUGGAGCCGUGAAAGGAAUUUUCGGCGGCUGGGACUAAGAGAAAAUUAUUGUGGGUAAUUUUUCAUUUAAAGUGCUUCCACGAGAGGCACACACACAGCAUUUGGGAAGAAUAUAGGGGGUGAGAGAAGAAGAUAAAGAGAGCGAGAGAGGAAGCGCGGGGUCAGAAGGAGCUUUAUGGUGAACAAGUUGGAGGAAUCAACUUUCUUUUCAGUGAAAUGAAAAUGAAAAUGUCAGUGGUGUCGAACAACACAAACUCUCUGGAUCCACUCUCUGUCCACUCCAGAGUGUUUGUUGGGAAUCUCAACACGUUCCAGUGUUCAAAGACCGAUGUCGAGAAGAUAUUUCAGCGCUAUGGACGUCUCCUUGGUAUUUCCAUGCACAAAGGUUACGCAUUUGUGCAGUAUGCAAAUCCCUUUGAUGCAAGAAAAGCUUGUCAUGGUGAGGAUGGGCGAACGGUCUUAAGUCAAGUGCUCGAUGUAAAUCUUGUGUCGGAGCCGAAGGCGCAUCAAAUUGGACGCAAGAAGCUGCAAAUGGCGAAAAUUGGACAAGACUUUUUGUACACGUCAGCGCUGUUUCAAGGAAAAUUGCAGAAACCGAUGAAAAGGCAGCGGCUCAUGCAACAGCAACAGCACAAUCGCUUGGCGGGCAUUUCAUCAAAAACUAAAUUGAAUUUGUUCCAACUAACACAGGGCUAUCAGCACCAUCAGAUCUUCUUGCAGCAGCACAAAUCGAGGCAGAAGCCACUGUUCCGGAGGAAGCUGGAAAGUGAAGAUACGGGCAGUACGAGGGCGAAUGGACAUGCAUCCGUGCAACAAGUUCACCCCAUUCCCGACCAACCUCAGCACAAGCCACUCAAUAUUGCGGACAACUUCAAAGUAUACAGUAAUGCUGAUACGUUGAUUUGUGGCAACUGCAGAGAACACUUUUCCAACUUGAAGGAUAUUCUAAAUCACAAGAAAACCUACUGUCAACUCCGGAUGACGUGCAAAUGUCAGGAAUUCACAAAUUCCGACGACGCUCAUUUGACAAAAUUGAUUUGUAUAGUGUGCAAGGAGACAUUUACAAAUCCAUGGGAUUUAAUGGUGCAUGCCCAAUCGAAUCAUUCAAUCAGCAUAUACGAGUUGGACGAGGAGAAUCCUCAGAAGGGUGACUUCGAUGGGGAUCCCAAUUCAACAGGUGAUCCCUCGCAAUCCUCCGAUGCAGGAGAUUCGAGUUCGGAUGAAUCUUCUGGGAAAAUGAAUUAAAGUGCAGCACAUUGGGGAGGCGGAAUAUUUUAUCACCUGAAACUUGGGCGUAUUUUGUGAGAUGUAUUAUGUGACAAAAUCUCUUAGAGGCACAGGAAAAAAAAUGAUAUCAAUUCACUUAUCAAAACAACACAAACAAAUUAAAGAAAAUAAAUAUUUGAGGCUUAAAAAAA